CGAACAACCUUUUGCCCAUUCCACAGGUCCCUUGGCAGGCAGCUAGAAAACCGAAGCUGCGACAUCUUCCUUUUCUUACUUCUGACACAUACGGUAUUUGCCUUUUUUUGCAAAAGCUUCGUCUGGAGCAUCACCACCGCUCUUCCUCGUUUCUUUGAAUACCCUACCUAGCCCCUCCACCGUCAACGACUUCUCUCUCCUAACGCUAGUUGGCUGCCGCCGCCAUGGCGCUCUUCGAGAUUGACCCCCAGAUUCUACCGAAUCUGAAGCUGAGUGUCCAUUCGUUCCAGAUCAUCUUGGCCUUUCUGGCGUGGUGUCUGGAGAUUGCCGUUUUCCGCGGCGACACCUCCAGGAUUCUGGGAACAAAUGGAUGGACUUUCGCAGUGUGCUUCAUUUCCAUCCCAGCUUGGAUUUACCUUGUCAUGACUCCUCGAUUCGGCCGCACUCGCAGAUUCGCCAACCCGUAUAUUAUGCUUGCUGUCGAUGGCCUCUUCAUCAUCAUCUGGAUCUCUGCCUUCUCGACCCAGGCCGCGUACAACAGCUCUGGCGCUUGCGGUGGCAGCUGUGGCAUUAGCAAGGCCAUUGUUGCCGUCGGCGUCUUUGUUACUCUUCUAUGGAUAGGCACUACAUUCCUUAGUGCAUACACCCUGCAGUACUACAACUUCCAUGGCACUUUACCAGGCUAUGAUAGUCGCAAAAUCAGCGGCAGCGAGAACAUUGAUCCCGAUAAGGCUGCAUUCUCCAUGGCGCCCCAUGAUGAAGAGGCUUACGAGCGAGUCAACAUGGACGACCACGAUGCUCCGAGCUCUUACGACGACCACACCACAAGCAUGAACAGCCGCUACGGCGACAACACCCCUUACAACCCCGAUGACUUUGACGACCCAAGCCGCUACGGUGCUCUGCCGCCACGAACCAACAGCACCCCUCUUUUCGACAGUGAAACUGAAUACCAUGGAAGCGCUCUCGGUACUGAUAUUAGCGCCCACAAGACACCGUCGCCUGGCCCUUACAGCGGCAACCAUGCGGACACUUAUGCUGAUGGCCCGGUGCAGUUCCCCACUGGUCACUACGACCGGAUAGAGACUUGAAAGGGGAAGGGAGAUUGAGCGAAAGCAUAUGAUGCAAGCACACACACACAAAGACAAAGAUAUGAUGAUGGUAGCGGGCACUAUCAAUGAUUUGGACAAUUAAAUAACAUAAACCUUGGGGGGAUCUCUUGGUGGCCUGGAUGCUUAUGUUUGCUUGGGUAGAUUUAUAUCUACGGCGUUGACGGCAUCCCGAUUUUUUAUUUCUUUGUGUGAGCAUCUAACAACAUGAUGAACGUUGAUGAGAUACCAGGUGUAUAUAGAAUGGCCGGACUCUUUUUAGCACACGGAAUGCGGCUUGAUGGAUUUUUCUAUUUCUUUUCCACUGCUCCUGAUUCAUUCCUUAUUUAAACAAGAAUAAAGAAGAUAGAUUAAGACCAUAGCAAUGCGAUUCUAUCUCGACACUGAUAAAAGCUGUGCUUGCGUCUUUGAUAUUCAAACAGUUUGCCCUCCUAAACGCCGUGAUUUUAAAAAUGCAGCCGUCUCUAUGACCCCAAUUUGCACUAUAAAGAAGAGGAAACCACAUGCAUGUAAUUAGUCACUCGCACCAUUUUCUCCCCACGCUCAAGCCUUGAGCUUCUUAAGUCGCUUCGCAAUAUCAGACGCCGUCUGCUGCAUCGGGUUGAGUUUUGGAUCCCUCGCCAUCGCCCUCGUGUCGUCCCCAUGCUUGGCCACCAGCUUCUCCAGCCACUCCCUCUCGCCUUCGCUCUGGUAUCUGAUCUUGGGCGCGGCCGGGUUCUUGGCCUCUUCGAUGAGCGACUUGACCACAUCCGUCGUGCCAACUCCGUCGUCAUUGAUGCCGCCCCAUUCUUCGGCAUUGGCGUACUCGUCUUCAGCCUCGGAGUCUGUAUCAACCUCGUUGAGCGGGUCGUUUAGCGGGUUGGCUUUGCG